AUGCUGAGACGCCCCCCUGCGAUAGCACCUGAAGUGUGGGAUAGCUGGCCAGACAGCUUGAAGAGAACAAUCGCAGAAACCCCAGAAGUAUAUAUGGCCCCAGCUAACUCGAAUAUCGAUCCAGCACUUCUCAGUAGCUCGAACGGUUCCUUGGCCCCAAGGCGUGCUACUCACGAUGCAAAUAGAGAUGGUCCACAUGAGCCGAUGCCGUUUGCGAACCCAUCUGCUGCAAAUAAUGGUGCACGAAGGCUUACAAAUAGCAGUCAAACUCACCAAUUUUUCCCUAUGAAAGUGAUACACGUCUACCUGAGCAUCGUCGACAUAGGAGAGGUGCUGCGUCCAGCUCUCGACGAUCACGGGGAAGGCAUCAGCGUUCAUCUUCACCCAGUGACAACAAUCGAUGAGCACUAUAAGCAAACGGAUGAACGACUUGCACAGCUUGAAGGGAAUGUACCUUCACACCAGACCUCCACUCGUGGCCACAUAGUCCAAAGUCGGGGGGCGUCAUCGGUUGCUCGGAGGCGCAGGCGAAGAGGUGCUGGUGCUGAGGUUGAUGGUGUGGAAUCACGGGCAGGUGAAUUCGAUCAUGAUGCGGAAGACGUCACAGGGGCUCGUGGUAGCCUCUCUACCGCUGCCCGGGAAGCACGAGGGCACCUAAAGCACUUGGUUACCGCCAAGUUCCGCCGUGCAUGUGAUGUAUCCGACGGGAAAAAAAUGGCCAAGUCUCGAGGCGAGGUGUACCUAACACCAAAUUUUGAGGCGACCGUGAACGACGACCAUAAUCGAGUGAUCUUCAACAAGAUCGCGCAUCUUGUCUGGGAGGAACUUAGAAGCACGGCCCUUAGCGAUUCCCUGAGCAACCGCAAGGUCAAAUGGAAUAAGCAAUCAUUGUUCACGUUUGCUAAAGACACGUACCGUGGAUUCAAGGAGGAGUGGAAAGCGCAGAAUGACCGCGAGAAGGCCGCAGCUAAAAACAACAACCAGCAAAAGAAUCGCUGGAGUCAGCGUCGUAAAGAGAAAGCCGACCGGUUGACAACAGCAUGUCCGAAGUACCUCGAACUUCAUGGCGCGGAUCCCAUCAACAUCAUCCACGCGGAUCAUAUGUCAGACGAGGCAUCUGGACCUGAAGACGAUGGUGAAUCAGUCGACGAGUGGAGGAUCAAGAUGGGAAAGGAAAAGGGCUUUCCAGCGGAUACAGACAUGGACGGUAUGGUGUUCAUGGAAGUCGUGAAAAAUCCUUGGAGAUCACAGGAGCUGUGGAAAGAAUCCCUCAAUACCAAGCAACGUAAACAAUUCCGCACGUUGCGGGUUGAAGGAACUGACCGAACGCUGCUUCGUAUCCCCGAUUACACGCCCUACAACUUCGGAAUAGAUGCGGAGUGGCUCGAAGAGAACAAGAACCACCCAGAGUAUCAGGUGCAACUGAAGGAGUGGGGUGAUUGGGCGGAUCCACCUGGAUUUGGAUCCGCAAAGAACGAUACAGACAUUGCGGAAGGUAGCGGGCAAGAUCAUGAGGAAGUUUAG